AUGGCAAAGUCCUUGGAGGAAAGUUACCCAUCAGCCCCUCCAGCAGACAAAGUGGUGAAGCUGAUGGAGAGCAAGGAUGCUUUUCAAGAGGCCUUGAAAGCUGCAGGAGAUAAGCUCAUUUUGGUGGACUUCUCAUCCACAUGGUGUGGGACUUGCAAAAUGGCCAAGCCUUUCUUUCAUUCCCUUUCUGAGAAGUAUUUCAGCAUGGUGUUCCUUAAAGCAGGCAUGAAUGAUUGCCAGGAUGUUGCUGCAGACUGUGAAGUCAAAUGCAUGCCAACCUUCCAGUUUUUCAAAAGGGUGGCUGAGUUUUCUGGAGCUCACAAGGAAACACUUGAAGCCACUAUUAAUGAAUUUGUCUAA